UUGGAUGCCGCAUACACUGUAAUCCUUUUGACCCACUGCUCCUCUUUAACGUUGUUAUAAAUGAGGCAUCAAUAAUUUGAUGUAUGAAGGUUAUAAAGACCCGAUGGGAAGGCAAGCUCGCACAUUUGUACGAUAAGUUUGGGUUUCAAAUCAUUCUCGCACAUUUGUACGAUAAGUUCGGGUUUCAAAUCAUUCUAUUUUAUCAUGCAGUCAAUUAUUUACCUGCUCCUCACGGCUCUAUUGUCGCCAUCAGUUCAUGGUUGUCUCUCUGGUCACCGACAUGAAAUAAACGCCUCCUAUAUCGAAACACAGCUGAAAUUACUUGGAGCCCGAAGCCAGCGUACGCCACCAACGGGCAAAACAGCCCUCACGAAUGUCCGUAUUUUCGACGGGUGGCGUAUCCGCGAACCCAGCACUGUGGUUAUCGACGGCGACAGCAUAACCUUUGACCCCCGCGGUGUACGGAAUACCAUCGAUGGAGAGGGAGGUGUUCUACUCCCGGGAUUGAUUGAUAGCCAUAUCCACCUCAGCUCGUUGGCCAGUCUUGAGACUUUGAGCAGUUAUGGUAUAACGACCGUCAUGAACAUGGGCUGCUCGAACUACACAUUAUGCGCAGCCCUCCGCGACCAAAUCGGAUUGACGUCUUUUAUCACCGCUGGGGAAGGGGCCGUAGCACCAAACAGCACGCAUGCAAAAGUGUUUGGGUCGAGAGGUUUCGUGAAUUUACCAUCCCAAGCACCGCAGUUCGUGGCUAAUGUCUUUGGAAACGGGUCUAAUUUUAUGAAGAUAAUCUCCGAGCCGGAUGGCUUUAACCAGGCCAUCCAUGAUGCGCUUGUCAAUGCAACACAUGCGUUGGGUAAGAUCUCCAUGACCCAUGCCCAGGAUUACGCCUCGUACGAAGUCGCAAUCCGCUCAAGGACAGAUGGUCUCCAACAUGUGCCGUUCGAUGUCCCUCUUACGGUGGAGAUGGCACAACGCAUAGAACGCCAGGCACAAUUUGUGACGCCGACACUAAAUAUCGGGAAGAUCGCCACAUCUAAUUCAACCAUUGAAGCAAUCGUUUCUGGCGGAAUAGACUUGACAUACGAGGCUGGAGUGACUAGUGUACAACGCCUCAUGCGCGCGGGUGUUCCGCUUCUCGCUGGAACCGACGCAAUCGACAUAGCUGGUAGUUUCCUCAAGGGUGAUCUGAUUGGGAUCACUCUACAUCAAGAAUUGCAAUAUCUGAAAGACGCUGGUAUGAGCGAGGUGGAUGUACUACGAGCCGCGACGGUGGUGCCUGCUACUUGGCAUAACUUGGUAGGGCGAGGGUCUAUCAGAGAAGGAUAUCGUGCAGAUUUACUUCUACUCAAGCCAGGGAGUGAUCCAUUACGGAACAUCUCAAAGACGAUGGAUAUUGCGAGAGUUUGGAAUGCGGGUAUCGAAUAUGUGCCAGGGCGCGGAUGA